CUUCCCUCUGCACUCCUUCACCCCCUCCUUUCUACAUGCUCUCCCCUCUUAAAUCUUUGUGGUUGACUCUCUCACACUUUAAGCCUCUCCUCUCUGGGCCCUGCUCCGAGCUGUGGCUGGCAGCUCGCAACAGGGCCCUUCACCCACGCCCUUUGUAAUAUACCGAUAGUUUCAUGACUUGGCUUCAAAGAGAUCUCGUCUCCAUCCAUCCCGACCGGAAGAGUCAAGAACUUCCUGCUGAAGGUUGGAGAGGGGAGGGAGCUCUGAGUCGUGCCCAGCCCAGAGUGUCACUGUCACAACAGCCGAAGCAGGAGAGAGCAGAGUGGAACCAGAAUGGCAGAAAAUGUCAUUAACUCUGACCUGAACUUGCCUGAACCACCCAGAGCCAGGCUACACACCAUCCCUGAUGGCCAAGGCUGCCCCCCACCAUGGAAGAAACAUGGCAGAAAAUGCUACUUCUUUUCUCCAGAGAGGGAAUCAAAGGACUGGAAUGCCUCCCGUGCAGAAUGCACUGCCAUGGACUCAGACCUGCUAGUCAUUGACAGCAAGAAAGAGCUGAGCUACCUGCUCUCACAAUCAAUACAAAACUACUACUUACUCGGUCUCACACGCUCUCCAGAGGAGCAGAAGUGGAAGUGGAUCAACAACGUGGAACAUGACCCAGCCAUGUUCCAUAUAUCUGGACCUUACCGUGACUAUCAGUGCACAGUGAUUGGAUAUGGUGAAGUACAAACUGCACCUUGUGGUGGAUCCACAACAACACAAAAUAUGUGUGAAAAAGCUGCAACAAUUUCCAACAGGCAUCUGUAGGAGAGCUAAAAGCAAGAGGUGCAGGCUGAUCUGUUCUGCCCAGCUUCCUGCAGGAACCAUGCAUGGGAUGUGUCCCAUUUCCCUUGAGCUGCCCAGUCUCUGCUCCCAGGCUCUCCUGCAGCCUCUCCCCAGCCUCGGGGCUGAGUUCAGCCCAGCCUUUCCCUGCUGCUGCCUGAAGCUGGAUGGAUCCCCUCUGGAAGAGCUGGCCCUGGCACCCAGGAGCACUCUGGCACUGUCUCAUGCCAGGGGUGGCCCUGCCAGGCAGGCACUGCCAGGGAAGAGGAAUCCAGCCUGGGCACAGGAGUGAUCCCAAACACAUCCUGACUCAUCUGCAAGUCCCAUCCAUGCCCAGCCCUGUGUUCCCAGCCCUGCCUGGGCACAAGGAGAGCCUUCCCCACCUGGCCACAGCCUGGCCUUGCCUGCAGCCACAAGGGAAGGGCAGCACAGAUUUCUGCCUGGGAUCCUGGAGGGAAGGGCAAACUCACUCCUUGCCAGGAUGGACAGGAGAAAGUCAGGUGUGGGUGUGGAUAAACCUUCCCCUGACCCAGACUGUUCCAAGAGCACACAGGAUCCCAGAGCCUGUGAGUGAAAUGGGAAUCAGCCCAAGGGAAAGGAUCCUAAAGCAGAUCAGCUCUGGGCAUAAAAUCAGCCCCAGUCCUGUGUGGGGAAGGGAAGGAAUGUCAGAUUUA